GUCGUGAAGGGUUGAGUCGCUGAGUGGGGUCCUUUGUCCCAUCGUCUUUUGUAACAGGAAGAUUGAAGUCGAAGGCGGUUGGCCAAAAUGCCAGAGGAGAUGGCUGACGGUGGGAGGAGGCUUGUGACUCUCGACGACCUCAUCGAUGCCUUGGACAAGCGCGAAAGGGCGCCGAGCAAUGUCCCAAAGGUCAAGAUAUUCCAUUUCAAGGGGGAUCGGGUAUCUGACUGGUUGGAUCUAACGGAACAGGCGCUGGUGGGAUUGUCAGAUAAGGUCAAGCUCCAGCGGGUCCUGAGGUAUGUCCUGCAUAGUCACCAUCGGGAAGUAACUAAGGUAGUGGAUGCCGCCAGUGGCAGUUGGACAAAGUUUGGGGAUCUAAUGCGAAAGAAGUACAGGCUGGGGGACGGUCUGUUGACCAUGGCCGACUUGGAGGCCAUGAAUAAGGAAGAUUUCUCUACCAUUGGGGCGUUCGUGCACGAGUUUAAGAAAAAGGCUAGGAAGGUGCACGGGAUUUCUGACGAGGCACAGUGCGCCACAUUUUUGGGGCUGCUUACGGGCUCGGAGGCCACAGAGCUGACCAAGUAUGGGGAAGGGAGCGAGAGGCUCACCUGGGCAACCAUUGAUGAGGGAGUGGAAGAAAGGAGCCUGAAUCAGGUGGAGCACCACCAAAUGAGGUUGCAAAGGCGCAAGAGGAAGGAGAGGGAUGCUACCGCAUCCGAGACCCCAGGGGUGAAGAGAAUUGUUACGGACGUGUUGGCGACACUAGGGUAUGAUAACGAAGCAGAGAUACGGAAAAGAGAGGUGCUAGUGGCCCGAGGCCGGCGUCAGGGGCAGUGGAUGAGGAGGCUGGGCGAGAAGACUACGGCGGAGGGGAGAUGGGUUCCCAAGAAAGAAGUGGUAGAGGUUCAAGAAGAGGAAGAUGAGGGUCAUGGCGAAGAGGAUGAGAGGCUCCGCCAGGAAGAACAUCGGCGAGCUGAGCAGAGUGCCAAGAAGAGAGGGAUUCAGGGAGGAGCGGAGCCGAGCCUGCACGAUGGCGUGCCAAAAAGAAAGAAGUACGCAGUCUGGCUGGAGGAAGGUUUUGACGUGGAGCGGAUGGUAGAUAAGCUCCUGGAAGGCCACAACGAUUUGAUGAAUUUAAAGGACAUUUUGGCGUCGGCACCAAGGCUCCGUGGCGAGCUGAAAGGGCGGCUCUCGCGAAGGCAUGAGGGGACGAUGAUCCUAGCUCUAUCUCCGGCCUGCGGGAAUUACGAAAUUAUUAAGUGCCGGAACACAGGGUCCGGAAGUGCGAGGAACAGGCUCAACCUCGGCUCCUUCACCUUCGAGGAGUCUGAGUACGCGCGACGGAGACUCCGGGAGGAGCAGGAGGAGGAAGGAGUUGGCGAGGUGUUGUCCCUGAGCCUUAACGAUGUGAAUAUGGCAAUGGAGGUGGUGGCGGCGCAUGAUAUGGCAGACCCUGAGGCUAUAAAGGCAUUGAGGGAGCAGAGGUUGAGAGCUUCCCCUAGAGGACGCGAUUGCAUGCCCAUUCGAUUGGAGGAGGGGAACGCGGAUGAUUUCAUUCCCGCAUAUGAGCACUACAUGUUGAGUCAGGGGAUUGCGCGGGAGGAGUGGGUGCAGGCCCUACUUAUCUGGACGAGGGGGGCAGAGAGGCCGGUGGCCAAACAGAUUCAGGAGCGGGCUCGAGAUUGGGAGGACUGCCAAGCCCAGCUCAAGAGGGCAUUCGGACGGCCACAGCAUGAGAGGCCCGAGCCCAGGGUCGAGAGACGACGACGAAGCAAGAGGCCAAGGGAACUGGCACCGAGAGAGGUGGGGCUGGCCAGAGAGAAGAGGAGGGCCCCAGCACAGCGGGAGGAUGAGCCCGCAGGGCCCGCACUGGCAGAGGAGUCGUUCCCUGCUUGUGGCCUCCGGGCGGUUGAGUUUUGGCGGAUUACGAGCGAGGAGUUGAGAUCACCCUCACCGUUGCCAUCAGCGCAGGAGUUGGACAUACCGAGAGAGACACCAUUCCGAAGCUUAGCGACUCAUCUUGAUGCAUCUCGAUGGGUGGCCUUACGAUUGGGGGAGGGCUCAGUUGAGCCGACAUGCUACGUACCGUUGGAGGAGCCUUUGGACCUCGAGACGGAGACGGGCAUGCGAGACCGAGAGGAGCCUCAGGAUCCUGAGAUGGCAGCAGAGCAGCCGGAUCCUGUACAACCUCAGGGCCGGGAGGUGAUCACGGUUGGAGUCGAUACCCCGCUAUGCUCCCCAAUUCCAGAGCCAGUACAGCAUUCAUGGCCAGAGGGGAUUCCUGAGCCGGGCAGCGAGGAGAUUCCGGAGUCUCCCCCUGAGGCCGCCGCUAUGCCUGAGCAGGGGGCAGAGGCAGAGGGUCAGGGAGCGUAUGAGAGAGCAAGGGUGGAAGCGCCCCUUCUUGCCAUCGGCCACGCAUGUGACCAAGAGCCCACCCGCCAAAGGUCACGAGAGACGGGACAGGCAAACGAGGGGGCCGGUGAGCUGAGAGAGAUGGGGGACUUGGGGUUCUUCGCGACCAGGCAGGUGAUUGAGCGCAUGGAUCGGAGGGUAUGUGAGACGACAGUUACAUCCUUCCAGUGGUAUAAUCUACUCAACAAUGAGCUCUGGGUCAGAGAGUUGGAGGUGGAGCACCUGACUACUCAGCUUGCCGAGGAGAGGGCGAGGAGCCAGGCCAAAGAGGUUGAGUGGGAGAGGAGAUUUGGGGAGAUGGCGGYCGCUGUGGAUAGGCUCUCGGCAGCAUGGGAGGCUAGCCAGGCGGGGCGAGCCGGUACCAAUGGCCAGGGCCGAGGGAUGCAGGCUUCGCCGAGUCAGGGAGUAGCAGUGGUGGCCCCUCGACAGGCCGAGCCAAUGGAGGAGGUGCCCUUGGAUGCAGUUGAGGAGGAGGGUGGCGCGCAGGAGUCGCUUAUGGCUAUGUCCACGGAAAGGAGAGGUUCGCGUUUGCAUUAGCUGGUAGCAGCCAUGGGGAUAGGCACUCCACAGGAGAGGCCUCAGAGACUCGGCGCUCCAGAGCUUGC